UGGGGUUGUUAGGUUUUAUUUUCGUUACGGAAUUUCUUGAUUCGGUUGCCGCGCUCAAAACCCGCGAUAAAAGCUAUGCAAUAGCAUAAAAAGAAUAUUUGACUUGUCAGUCUUGUGAUUUGACAGUCUUUGUUCUUUUUGUUCUAAAACAAUGAGUGUGUGCGUGCGCAUGAGUGUGUGUAUGUGUGUUCGUGUGUUUGUGUGUACGUGCGUUUGCGUGCGUGUGUGGUGUGUGUAGUAAAUAGUACACGCUAAAUUCAAUAUUGGAAAGCGAUAGGAAUAAUAAUUUUGUGUUCAAAGUGAUUUGCAUCUGAUUUUCGAGAUUUAAGAGUAGUGCUCGAGGUGUUAAUCAAAAAAGUUAUAAUCACAAAUAAAUUCUGGGGAUAAAGUUAUUUAAGUGUACAUUGUAUUUGAAAUGAAAAGAAAUGCAACGCUUACAAAUGCCAAUUAACCAUUACUUAAUGGUAGUUUUCCAAUUACAGAGCAGAGCAUAAGCGCUCUUGUACUGUAAUUGGAAAACGACCAAAAAUACACGCAGCUAAGUUUCGUGAAAAUUUUAUGUCUUAGUCCCAUCACUAUUGACCAGUGACGAUUGAUCUGUCAUUUUCCAUAAAAAUUAUUUUCGUGAUUUGCGAUUACUGAUUGAUUAGCAUGUAAAUCGGAAAUCGGAAUAGAAGUCUUUUAAAGAUUAGGUAUUGAAAAUACUUGUUUAAUUGAUCUUAUUGAUUUCAUCAAUACUAAAACACGAGACAAUGUCUAAUCACGAAGAAAUCACUGCACCAAGCACCCAAGAAGAUAUCGAAGCGGCAGACAAAUUGAAAAACGAAGCAAAUGAAUAUUUUAAAAAGCAAAAUUAUGAUAAGGCGAUCGAGUUGUACAGUCAGGCCAUCGAGAAGAAUCCUAACAGCGCUGUUUUGUACGCGAACAGGAGUAUAGCAAAUCUUCGAUUAGAGAACUUCGGUUAUGCUUUAGGUGAUGCCUCCAAAGCCAUAGCUUUGGACAAAGGCUACACCAAGGCUUAUUACAGACGUGCCGCUGCGCAUAUGUCUUUGGGAAAGUACAAACUGGCGCUUACGGAUUUUGAAUAUGUAACUACAGUAAGACCAUAUGAUCAAGAUGCAAAACUCAAGUACAGUGAAUGCAAUAAGAUAGUUAAGAAGAUCGCCUUUGAAAAAGCCAUCUCAGUGGACAAAAAAGAAGUUAACAUUGCUGACAGUAUUAAUUUGGAUUCAAUGACCAUUGAAGAUGAGUACGAAGGGCCAAUGCUUGAAGAUGGAAAAGUUACUUUGAAUUUCGUCAAAGAGCUAAUGGAAUACUAUAAACAGCAGAAGAAACUUCACAAGAAAUAUGCCUACAAGAUCCUGCUAGAUGUGAAGACAUACCUUCAGAACCAGCCAUCUCUUGUUGACAUCAAAGUCCCAGACGACAAGAAGUUCACCAUGUGUGGUGACAUCCAUGGCCAGUUCUAUGACUUAAUGAAUAUAUUUAAAUUGAAUGGACUUCCAUCGGAUGAAAACCCGUACCUGUUCAAUGGAGAUUUUGUGGACCGAGGAUCAUUCAGCGUGGAAUGUAUCUUCACUUUGUUCAGCUAUAAGUUGCUGUAUCCGGAUCACUUUUACAUGUCUAGAGGUAAUCAUGAGACACUGGACAUGAAUCGGGUGUACGGUUUCCGUGGGGAGGUGACAUCAAAGUAUACCUCACAAAUGGCCGAUCUAUUCACCGAGGUCUACAACUGGCUACCCUUAGCUCACUGUAUAAACGGUCGAGUGCUUGUAAUGCACGGGGGGUUGUUCUCAAAAGAUGACGUCACACUCGAAGACAUCAAGAACGUGGACCGAAACAAACAGCCGCCUGAAGAUGGUAUAAUGUGCGAGCUCCUCUGGUCUGACCCUCAACCGAUGCAAGGACGUUCCCAGUCCAAGCGCGGCGUCGGCUGCCAGUUCGGUCCGGACGUGACCCACAACUUCCUGCAGAGGAACAAGCUCGACUACAUCAUCCGCAGUCACGAAGUCAAGAACGACGGCUACGAGGUCGCCCACGACGGAAAGUGCAUCACAGUCUUCUCGGCUCCCAACUACUGCGAUACAAUGGGCAAUCUAGGCGCUUUCAUCACUAUGAAUGGAAAGGAUCUUGUGCCUCACUUCACUACAUACGAAGCAGUGCCCCAUCCGGACGUGAAGCCGAUGGCGUACGCGAAUUCCAUCUUCAAUUUCCUCUGCCAAUGAUCGAAACCAGCUCACGUACGGGUCUAAGCUCGACUUAAAGCACUCCUCCGAAACGUUACCGGUAAAACAAACGAUUUUAACACUUAAUACAAUAGUACGUAAGUUUGAAAAUUCUCCGUAGUGAUUUGAUAGUAGUAUAGGGAAAAAGCUGUGUGGGCAAUCAAUUUUCAUAAACUGUUUGUAAAGUUGAUAGUCUCAGUUAGAACAACGUUGGGAUGAAAUUUUCCGAUGUGUGAGUGAGUGAUUUUCGUAAAAUGGUGAAAGCCAUAAAGGGCUUUCUCUAGGAUUGAAAGCUAGGAUUUCUCCUGUGUUAUGUACACCAGAACAAACAUUCAAGAUAAGAAUAACACACAGACUGUAUACCAAACAUUUAGGUGCUGACUCCGCGAAUCGAGAACCCAGACCGUGUGGUAUUGUAGUCGAAUUCUCUGAGGACCAUCGCUUGAUAUAAUCUUAUGACAGCAAAAACUGGAAAAAAAAAUGGUGCGCAUGCAUCUUGGUGCACGUGAAAGAAGUGAAACUUCUUUUGCGGUGUGAAGUAUUGUGGUUUUCUUCACUUUGCAUCCUUAAAUCAAAUUUCUCUUAUAUUAGGGAAUUUUGUGUAUAAGAGAAACGACCUAGCUCGCUUUGUCAUUCCCCUCUCCACGGUCGAGUGGUUCGCGAGACGCUCUAUCUAUUUUCUCACUCUCGCUCUUCCUAAAUUGUAUCUUUUCUCUCAAACCGUAACGAAUCUGUCGCGAGUUAAAUUUUAUUUCCAACGCGCUUAAAGAAGCUUCACUUAAACAUUGUAUAGCUCACAUACAAUUGAAAAGAUACCUUCAAAAAUAUUCUCUCUCACCCUCACAGGCUCAAACUUUUAAAUGCAAUUAUGUUUGUCUCUUUCUAGUGACCCAUUUUCGUUUCAUCGGGUUCCAAUUAACAACGGUGCUAAAGAAGUUUUUACUUUAGAAAUGUAUUGAUAAUGGUAUUCAAUUAAAUUGCAAUAUUAUGUUUCUUUUGAGACAUUAGUGAAUAGAAAUAGUAAAAAAAAAUAAUUAAGCAUUAAUGUUUUAUUUUACGUGGCCUUGCACUAUUUAAGUUUUUUUUUUUAUUAAUUUCAUGACUGACAUUAUAUUCUUUUGCCUUUUUUUCAUAAUACGUAACUGCGUCUAAAAUAUACAAGAAGUAUUUUGGAAAAAAAAUAUGCGAUGUAUUAUUCGAAUGCAUCGAAAUCGAAAUCGAAUCGAAAAAAGUAUCGAUUUUUAACAGCAUAGUAUAUAGUAACUCUUAUUUUUGGGGUCGAGUGUCGAACCUCUAAUUUCCAAUCCAAACUUUCAGAGUAGCUAUCAGGAGAUAUCGCAGCAUCGCCACUUUCUGCUUAAUCAUCACUCACACAUGCAAAAAUCGAUUCCUCCAAUAUUUCGCUCUGCCAGUAAUUUUUGUAAGAAUAAUGAGAAGUAACUGCUCAAACGAAACUAGUACUUAUAUACUCUCACUGUGAGGUUGAUAUUUGAAUGCUUUGUGGUUUCUUAUGAAUUUUUGUACUUGUAACAUUUCGAUGCAUUUACUCGUGUAAAUUACUCUUUGCGCUUUAAGGAAUAAGGAAUAUUUUCCUGUGUACAUUGCCGUUUCAAGGUUUACCUGAAUUCUUAUUUUAAAAAAAUACUCGUCAUUCGAUGUUGUUGUUUUAAUAAUUAAAAAAAAACUGAAUAUCAAGACAAACUGUUUGUCAGUAUACCUCUUAGAGAUCAGCGUCUCUUAUUCGUGACGUUGUACGCACGCGAACAAAAGUACCGUCAUUAUCUAAAAAUCAAACCAAUAAUACCGAAUUAUACUCUAACACUAAUGACAUAAAGCUUAGCGAAUAAAUAAAACAAUUCGUUGACCAGCGACCGGACUCAUACCAACAAAGUUGGGAAUCUCCUACAUUUGAAGUCGAGCUUUUUAAAUUUAAAUUAAUGCGGAUUCAAACGGGCUUAUCUUCCCACUUUUCCGCACAGCGUCAAUCAGUAUUCAAUUCGUAUGGUUCACAUAAACAUUGACGUCAUUGUUCAAUAUAUAUUUUUCACUAUUUAGCUUCCAAAAUAAUUCAGGCAUUACUGGAUUGAUUUAUUAUUAUUAAUGUAGUUUAAUCUUAGUUAAUUAUAAAUAUAUAUAUAUUAGCAAAUAAGAUACCUAUUAUAAAUAAUAUAAAUGUAAACCUUAUUUCAAUGCAAUAAGGUUUUAAUUGAUUUUCGGAGUGUAAACGAACAUAACAUGUAGGGCGACAAUAUUAUUCUUUUAAAAUAUUGUUGCUUAUAAUUAUGUGCUUUCAAGGAAAUGAAUGAAGGUGUAAAUUGUUCACUCAUGCGGAAUAUUUCGAUAUUUUUGGAUUUCGGAAUCGCCUAUCAUACUUCCUGCCUAUAAUUUGGAUAUCCUUAGAAGCACAAAUUGAACAAUUUUUUCUACGCGUCUCUGCAUUUCUUGUAUGCUUUUUUUUUUAAUUUUUAAAUAUAUUAUUAUAUAAAAAGUAAGAUGUUACAGCGACAAGACAUAAUAUGUGUCAAAAUCGCUGUGAUCAUGGUCAAAACGGAUUUGAUAGGAUGACCUUUAAAAAAAACCUAGUAAAUUAUAUUUAUUAUGGUCACCAUACAAUAUUCUCCGCAUUUUCGUGACAUUUUUUGGGGACAAACUUUGACAAACUUCACGAAAGUUUAUUAUAAUUAAAUGAAAAUGACCUAAGAAAUGUCUUCGACGUGAAAAUAAUUGAAAUGUUAAUUUCGUAAUUCAAUUAUUGCGACAAAUGCCCUCGUGGUUCUUCUUGAAGUUCGAGAAGGGACUCGUAUGGUUAUAUUUUAGUAUUUUGUGCAACGUGUUGUGUGGUCACGGGUGCUCAUAGGUGCUCACGGUUGGCAGCCUAUUAGAUUUAUAUUGGUAGUGACUGUGAUGCCCUCAAGCAAAGUCUUCUCUUUAUCUUCAUCGAGCAUGGCUAUCUGUCAGCGGAAGCUGAAAAUUUCAAAGAAAAUCCAAGCACCACUGAAGAUACUGUCAUGCAAAACCUUUUAUUAUUUCUUAGACAUUAACCACGCUUCAAAAUAUGCAGGACAGUCAGUUAAUACGGCGUUUCUUUCUACGUGUGCUGAUAGCCUUGAGAGGCUACUUCAGCUUCGCCCUAGCAUGUAGGUGAGCUCACGGGGCUCAAACCGGAGUGUUGCUAACACUGGCCCUAGCAAGAGCAGUGCUUCGCAGAAUCUACCACCGGAUCGGAAACGCGACCCACUGAGACGAUCCGGCGAGAAACUCAGUGGCCUUUGUCUAUGGGUUAAUUCGCAAGUCGAGCCAUCGGUCGGGUUCGACGAGGACGGUGACUGGCGCUUGUGGUAGGUACCACCGUUAUUGGAUCGGGAGGAUCCGUAAUAACGUGAAUCAUGAGCUUAGUAUACAUCGGGUUCUGAAAGACACAAUAGGCUAACUUCGACUGGAUAGCGUUAUCUCUGUCACACGAAAAUGUAUGAAUGAGAAAGACGAAUAUAACUUCUCUUUCUAAAAACCUCGGUAAUCGAUAACACUGACGUCACAGAGCUGUAAACAAUUAGAAUGUCCAUUCAUUUCCGUUUUGAUAACGUCCUAUGAUAAUAUCAUAAAUAGAUGGAGUAACGAAGAAGUGCUUUGUAAAUAGACACUAGAGGGGCCUUUUCGGAUUUAAAAAAAAACACGCUUUUUGAACACAUUUCCUGCACGGCUAUCGUUAAACAAAGGAACGUGGCCAUUAGCAGUGAGUGUUAUAAAAAAAAAAAAUAUUAUUUUUCUAAUUUGUACGCUGACCGUACUUUUGAUACUAAAAAAAAUUAGGUAAGCUCGCGGAAGUCACGAAUUUUAUAUGUCUUUCGCAUCAAAGUAAAUUAAUUGGUAUUUUGUAAGAUCAGCGACAAAAUUGCUACAAAUUUGCUUUGGUUAUUGACUGAGAACUUAUAGAAAAAAUCCACAGAGCAUUUUACCGUUUACGCAUUUUUUUGAUACAUGUAUAUUAUAAUUGUUAUCAAUAAUUAUGAAUUACCAACCCUAUCAAUAAUGUUGGUGUUCUUUCAAUCGAAAUUCAACUACUGCAUCCACAUUUUUGUGUCUUUUCGAUAUUUUUUUCUUGCAACAACUUACUGGUCGUAGGACCUCUUGUGAGUCCGCGCGGGUAGGUACCACCGCCCUGCCUAUUCCUGCCGUGAAGCAGUAACGCGUUUCGGUUUGAAGGGUGGGGCAGCCGUUGUAACUAUACUGGAGACCUUAGAACUUAUAUCUCAAGGUGGGUGGCGCAUUUACGCCGUAGAUGUCUAUGGGCUCCAGUAACCACUUAACACCAGGUGGGCUGUGAGCUCGUCUGCCCAUCUAAGCAAUAAAAAAACGCGGGAAAAGAACUGCUUAAUUUUUUACUCAUUAACGGAGCACCAAAGCUCGUCAAUACUUGCUAAAUUUAAAAAGAACGCUUGGACAACAGAGGAGAAAAAAGGGUACUGAAUUGUUUGUCUUUUUAAAGGGGUAUACAGUUUAAAGCCUUCGUCAAACAGAACGCGUACUUAGCGCCGCGUACUUAACGUCGCGUUCUUUUCAUGUCACACCAAUUGACUAGAUGAGUCUAACGCUCCUUGACGCAACGCAUUCGCCAAAUCACAGUGCCUUUCGAUAGCAGUGUGAACAUUUAAAAGUAUUAAGAAAUCGAGUGAUUCAGAUGUGGCAUUGUAUAAGCAUGGGUAUUUUCUAACUAUUUAUAUCAUUUUUACGGGCAUUAUCUAGUAUUUUAAUACACAUUCACUCGGACGCUAAAAAACGCUCGUAAAAAAUUACAACGCCUGACGUCAAAGCGUCCUAACGCCGUUACAGAGCGCUGCGUACUUAUAGCGCUGGGGCUCUGUUUGACGGUAUGUUACCAUAGUAGUACAACACAGUCAGUUCAGCGCUCUAACGCGCGCUAAUUACGCGUUCUGUUUGACAAAGGUUUAAAUGAAUUAUUACAGAGCGUUUGCGAACACACAGUUACAUUUGCCGUUUAUUUUAAAAUAAUUCUACUUUUAUUUUUAUUUGUGAACGUCGGGGUUGACUCAAAUCAGGGUUGCCCGGUGUAAGCGAUAUUUGCUUAUUAAAAUUUGGACUAGAGGCCAAAGUCUAGGUGUUCGGCAUUUAUUUUUGUCUAAAUUUAAUAUCUGUGACAACGCGUGUGUUGUUCGAAUUUUCAAACGUCAGAGGUGUAAAAUUUAGACAUUAUAAUAUGCGCGUUACAUAAAACCAAAUUUAAAGUAAAUUACAUAAUGAAAAAAAAACAUGUAAAUGUUUGCUUUUUUAUUUACGGAAUGCAUCGAUGAUUUUUUUUUAUGUAUUGUAGAUAUUUUUUUCUGCCAUAGAUCAUUGUUUAUAGAUUUUAUUUUAAAUGUAAAUGAUAUGUUAAUUUUUUUUUAAUAAUAAAUAAAGAAAUGAGUUAAUUUUAUUUUUGCUUUUAUGUUUACAAGUCUUUUGAAGUGAACGGUGUCAUCAUUGUAAGACAUGAUGCGACGGUUUUUUUUUUUAAAUCCAGUAACUAAAUAAUUUUGCUUUCAAAGCACUCUACUAUCUAAAGUUUUACUGUGACAGAUAUUAAUACAGUUAUAGUUAUUCAUCAAAACGCAUAAGUUUUGAAACUCUAGAGAUGUUCACGUAGAAAGCUAAUAUUUAUUCAAUAAUCGAUUAUCAACAAUAGGCCUAGACGUUUUAACAUUUUUAAAGAAUUUCACUAAUUAAUCAUCGUAGGAAUUGUAAUCCAUUUAAUGAUAAUUAAUAGGUAAUUUAUACAAAAAAAAACGUAAUUUUAAUGAAUUGUCCAAUACGAGAGAAAGGGAGAUAGACGAGAUGAAAAUAUCUGUAUCUCUUUCUGUUUUUUUCGUAAUUGUAGUUGGUGUUAAUCUUGACAGAAGGGUUGUGAUUUUUGAUUAUUCAUCUUACUGACGACUGCUGAUUUGAGAUACGAUUCACUAUGGAACAAGUACCUUUAAUGAGAGCCCAUUGUUUGUAAUAAGUUAAGGACUCCAAAGAAGUAACAAUCAAAGCAAUUGUGAUAAGAUAAUAAUCAAAUAGUGGUGCGCUUAUUGCGCGAUCUGUCCUUUGCUACAGAGAAAACCAAUAAAGCAUUCUCUCUUUGUCAAGGUGCGAGGUUAAACGUUUUGACUUUAAAAAAAGCUGUUGUGUCCGCAAUGCCAACUCGGAAAAUCAUUGUGCAAUAGGGAAUCGGACAGACAUAUCAAAAUUGCCGCACAGACCUUAUAAAUCUAGGCGCAGCGUAACUUCAUUGCGUGUGACGUCAUUUGGGGCUAGUUUUUAACUGCGAGCUAAUCACGUAUGAAUUUACGCGCUAUGACUUGUGUUUAGAUCGAUGCGUAGAUAGAAUGCCUUUCGGUUUGAAGGGUGGGGCGGCCGUUGUAACUAUACUGAGACCUUAGAACAUAUCUCAAGGUGCGUGACGGCAUUUGCGUUGUAGAUAUCUAUGGGCUCCGGUAAUCUGCUAACACUAGGUUGACUGUGAGCUCGUCCACCCAUCGAUGCAAUAAAUAAAAUAUAUAUAAAUGCGAUUUAAUUUAUUAAAAUAAUUAUAAUUCAUAUUUCACAGAAAAUAAUAAUUGGUCUGGUUGUUGCGAUUGGUCUGUUAUGGUUGUCCGAUUACCUAUUAUAUAGAUGCUCAACAGGCACAAAAUAUUUACCUAGUAAAUAAGUAUUCGUCAUCUAUACUAGUGGUUUAACGUGAUAUGCAGAACGUAACUGUGUCCGUGUAUCGAGUGGCGGAUUUUUUAUUUAUUUCCGCGGCAUAUCAAUACGUACCAUUUUACGUAAUUCUCGAGACGGACACGAAUAAAACUUGUUAAAUUUGUA